GCUGAUUGGCUGACGAAACAAGGGUCGAAAGUGACAGCUUGAACAGGAAAACAACUCAAAACAAAACAUUUCAUUUUCAUACAGCCUCCGUUCGAACAUCGCAGUGUCCUAAUAACAGUGAAGGUGACACGUGCGACAUGAGCGGUGAAGUCAGACAGAUCGCUGUGGCCACAGACCCGAGGAUCCCUUAUUUCCUGCGAGUUGACUUUGCCGGCAACCUCGGUGCUGGGUUCGCGCUAGCUCUCUCCGAUGGCAUCUCUGCAUGGAAUGGAGAAGUUUCAGAAGACGAGGUUAGGAGGAAGGCCAAUGAAAUGGAGGUCCCGAUGGAGAGUUUUGUCGAGGAUCUUCAUCAAGCGCUGAUUGGUGGCGGACGGGCGAGAGGGGGCGGAAGGAGAGCCCGUGACGUAGACAUCUAUUCUUUUGAGCUCACUCUGGAUCGCCGGCAAUUCUCUUAUCACAAAAUUUGUGGCGGCGUCCCGGUGCACUUGGGCUCUUUGAAGCUUCAGCCUGCUCCCCACCCAUCCGCGCUGACCCGGGAGUUGAUUGGCCAGUCGCUUAAGCGCAACUCUCACCUGAUGAAAGAAAACUCGCUGCUGUCGGAGGAGAACCGUAAACUGAAAGAGGAUCAUGCGCACAUCCUUCAAGAGCUCGAACAUCAGGUUCAGGAUAAGGAAACAAUGACAAGGGACCUAUAUGCCCGUUUUGUUCUGGUGCUCAAUGAGAAGAAGGCCAAGAUCAGAAGCCUCCAGGAUGCUCUGAGUCAGCUCCCGCCGACAGCCUCCGUUCAGAAGAAGCAAAGAGAAAAUGACACCUCUUCGGGUGAAUACGACAGCCCAGACAGAAGAGUGGAGACAAUUCACGACAGCCAUCCAUCACUGGAACCAACCAUCAUUACCACAGGGCAUAAUCAGGUCAGCCAGGGUUUCUCUUUGGACCACACCGUUUCUCUUGAUGAGAAUGCUCAAGCCAGAUGGAAAGUAACGGAAACACUUGCCGACCAGAGACCGGGAACUUCUAAAAUGGAAUGAAAUCACAGUGAGACGACAUCUGGGAAUCAGCAUGGACAUGAACCAACACAGUUGGGACCAACUAGCGCCCUAUGGUGCAGUGUUGCAAGCUUCUUUUGCCCUCCCCCUCUUCUAAUCCUCAAGGGGCUUCUCAAAUUUGAUCCAAGAUGGCUUCUCUUAUUAUUAAAAAACAAUUUAACAUCUGGAUUGUUUUAAUUGUGCCUCAGCCUGCGUGUAGACACCAAGUGGUGCCGUAAAGCAUGUGUCACUGAUCAUAUGAUAAAGAGGAACCGAGCACUCCCCCCCCCCCCUCCGAGCUCUCCAGGGAAUGGAUGGCGUUGCCACUAAUGACUUGGAGAACGCGUUUGAGACUACACCACGAGCAUGGAAGUAAUUUUUCAACAGUUGGACAUUGCCUCAAACUCGGGAGCCUUGGCUCUGGGUGAGAUCGACGACAGAGCAACAUCUUGCGCGGGCUACACCCAGAAAACAGAGUCUCAUCACCAGGCAACCGCUUGUUACUUUGUUGCCGCUUAUUCAUCAUACUGAACUGAGAUUUCACUUCAUUUCCCCCCCCCCCCCUACUAUGUUGAAGUGAAACAUAUGCCAUAUGCCUUCAAUAAAAAGACAAAAGAAAAGAA